CCAACUGACGUUCCAAAAGAAUUGAAACGGAACCGUAGGCAGCAUUUGUGUACGAAGAGUGUGAGUAAGGGGAUAUUUCCCCUGAAUUAAUUCGAUAAUAGCAUGGUCAGGAAGAAGACAUGCAGUGACAAAGGGGGUCAGGAGAUGAGUCUAACCCUUAACAACAAUGAAACAGAAAAAAGAAACCCAGCAGCAGUUGAGACAACUCGAGAAUCAAGGAGAAACCUUAAUGCUGUGGCUAAACGGAAACGACCUUCAGCAGCAGCUGGAUCAGCCCAACAAAAUGUCAAUUUGUCUGAUGGAAGCGAUGAGGUGGAACAGCCUGACCUAGCUGGGGCUGAUGACCAACGUCAGGCUGCAAUGGUGAAGGCCAUCACGGCACAAGUUCUGUCCACUUUGGAGGCUAGAGACAAGCCUAAAGGCCGGAAAAAGAGUAAAAAAAGGCGACGCAUAUCACCAACACCAGUUGUAUCAGGUACUGACUCUGAUGACAGUAGUAGCAGCAGCAGCAGUAGUGAUAGUGACUCUGAUACUAGUUCAGAUAAUGAGUUAGAUACCCCUUCUUCUGCUCGUCUAUCUUGCCCCAUCGCUAGUCAAAUUGAUGGUAAACUGAAAAACAAAAUAUGGCAAAACAAGUAUAUCGAUUUGGCCAAACUGCUUCCACAAACUAAGCCGUUCACCUCUGACUCGAUUAGUUUUCAGAGUACGGGUCGGUCACAAUUCAAAGUGACAAAAUCUAAACAAAAAAUGGUGCUCAAUAAUAUUGAGCAGUGGACAACAGCAUUUUUGAGGUUUGUUGCCAUUUAUUCAGAAAGAUUUCCUAAGGAAAUCCCACAGGUCAUCAAGCACGGUGAGUUGGUUAGAGAUUUGGCGAGCAGGCGAACGGGUAUGGCUUGGUUGGAAUAUGACCAACAAGUAAGAAGGGAUAUUGAGGUGAGGUCCAUUCACUGGGGAGAGUUCCAUACAGAGUACUGGGUAAUGGCAAAUACACCUAGACAAGGGUCAUUUUCCAACAGUGACCAGCCCUUUCGGGAUAACUCAAAGGGGUUUCGUGCCAGACACAAAUCUCGAAUACCAAAUGGCCACUGCUACAUGUUCCACAAAAAAGGCAAAUGUGCCAAACCAUCCUGUCCAUACCAGCACUCGUGUUUCCAGUGUGGACAGUCCCAUUCGGUGCUCAGUUGUUCCAACAAGAGACCAAACACCCAAAAGGCUUCCAACAGAAACCAAUUUCUUGCCAAAUGACACAGUCCUUAGUGAUAUUGUUACACCAGUCAAAGCAGACAUCUUGACCGAGUUUUUGCGAAACUACGAUAAUGUCUUGAAAGAUUUUUUGGUAAAUGGAUUUUCAAAAGGUUUCCGAAUACAGUUUGAAGGUACUCAUCAGUUUAGAGUGAGCCGCAAUCUAUUAUCAGCCUUUCAAAAUAAGGAAAUAUUACAGGAGAAGCUAAACAAGGAAAUUUUAGCUAGGAGAAUUGCAGGUCCAUUUGACAAACCUCCUUUCCAAUUUUUACAAUGUUCUCCUAUUGGUUUGGUUCCCAAAAAAGAGGCAGGUGAAUUCAGAAUGAUUCACCAUUUGUCAUAUCCCGAGGGAAAAUCAAUCAAUGAUUGUAUUCCAGAUACAUUUUGCUCUGUAUCAUACAAUACAGUGGAUGAUGCAAUAGGUAUCAUUAAAAGACUUGGUCAAGGAUGUCUGCUUGCAAAAACAGAUGUAGCUUCGGCAUUUCGCAUUGUCCCAAUACACCCAUCUGACCAUAAGUUACUGGGUAUAUUUUUCAAGGUCAUUACUAUUAUGAUAGGUGUUUACCCAUGGGAUGCUCGAUUUCCUGUUCAAUUUUUGAGAAAGUCAGUACAGCAUUGCAGUGGAUCGCUUGCACAAAGUUUGCUAUUCCAAACAUGUUACAUGUACUGGAUGAUUUUUUGUUCUUGGGUCCUCCAAAUUCAGGUAUAUGUGCACUAAGCUUGGCACAGUUUAUAAAGAUGUGCAAUGUCUUGGGUAUCCCUAUAAAAUCGGAGA